AUGAACGACUCCGACCACUAUGAUGAACGACCGAUCAAACGCCGACGAAUGUCCCCGCCUGAACCAGGUCCUUAUGUUCUCCGCAGCGUGUUGCAGGAUAUCCCUUUGACCACCGAGCAUGGGCCCGAAGAGGUGUCCAUCACCUGUGUAGAAUACUGGAACAACAAUCUAUACAUCGGGACUUCUGCGGCCGAAAUCCUGCAUCUUGUCUCUCUUCCUUCAGAUCAAGGAGACGGGGGCGAGCCGACGACGUUCAUUCUCGCAUCUAGACUUCAACCUAGUGGACAUGCUGCAUCUGCAAGCUCCGAGAAUGCACCAGGCAUCCAACAAAUACUUGUCCUCCCUGGCCCGUCAAAAGCCUGCGUCCUUUGCAAUGGCGUCGUCUCGUUCUACUCAUUGCCGGAGUUGAGUCCAGCAUUUCCGAACAGGGAGCCCACUGGGGUACAAUGGAUUGGUGGUAUUGAUGAAAAUGAGGACCUAGAGAACCCUGAGGGCCAGGUGGUCAUGUUUGCAACUCCAAGAAAGAUACUUCAGGUCAGGGUGGGCGAGCGAUUGAAACCGAUCCGCAACAGUAUCGAGUAUCCCGGAUGUUUGAAAUCGAGUAGAAGAGACUCGAUUGCUUGUGUGGCCGACGAUACAAGCUAUGCCCUCUUGGAUGUUGAACAUCAGCAGAAAAUACCCUUGUUUCCCAUCUCUUCGCAACCAAUCGAGGACGAAGCAACCUCUGAGAAUGAUAAGGAAACACCCGUAGGUUCACCUCCUGCCGCAGACACAAGUGGGCAUUCCAGAAGCACAAGUGUGGGAACAUUCUCAACUCCCGCUCAAAGCGAAAGGGCCCGCCCACAGGGGCGUCCAUCGGAGACAGGUCCAAUCUCGGGGUCUUCAUCGGUAUCUAGUGUGACGAAGCCUAACGAAAGCAGUGCGGCAAGCGGACAGACUACAGGUCGGCCCCGCGCGUCGACAGAUGCCCUUCCGGUCAAAGCCGCUGCUGCUGGCAGCAGUAAACGGUUUACGAAGCGUCUCAAGCCUCAUGUACUGUCCCCGUUCCCCAUGGAAUUUAUGCUUACAACCGGCACGAGUGAGUCAGAACCUGGGGUGGCUAUGUUCGUGAACCUGGAUGGCGACGUUGUCAGAGGGACCAUCGAAUUCGAGACCUAUCCAGAUGACCUUCUGGUGGACAGUUUCUGGGUUCCCGAACAUGAGGUUACGCUGAUGCCACAGAACGAGAGCCCAGUCGUGAUUGCAUUGCUUCGCAAAGGCGAAAACGCUACAAAGCGGAAAUUGGAGAUGCAGAGAUUGGAGAAUGCAUCUGAGUUGGUACAUCCUCGAAGUUUGGUUGAGCUCCCCUCUGAAACAGUAGAGAAUGCUCGGGCCGGUGUUCAUCAUACUUUGAGCACGCACCGGCACUUCUUUAAUAUCGCUGGAGACCUUUUACGGCUUGUUCCGUUGUCUAUCAGGCCCUCGACUCUCCAAGAACCCAAGGAGCCUCCGGAGAGUGAUCCAAGGACGCAGUCUGCUGUCGAGCAAUUGGAGCAGGAACGUGCCUUGUUUGACAGCCAGUCCUCGACAGCCACUAUUGAACCUUCUGCGGAGCUUGUCAAGAAACGAGCCGCCGAAGAGGCCAAGCUGGCAAGUCGGUUUGGGCGCGCCUUUACGAGAAACAUCGUGUGGCAAGGCAAAGACUUACUCAUGAUACUUCAGAAUCCUUUGAUCUGUCAACUGGAACAUCGACUCAUGCAAUAUGUGGCUGAGGGCAACCCUGCAUAUAUCAACCCGGGCCAGAUCUUUGGUUUCCUCGCAAGCAUACAUCGUCGUGAGCCAAAUGACGAAACAGAGUUCCUCACCUUAAAUUACAUCAGGCAGAAGGCAGGUCUCAUAUUGUUCUUGCACCUUGAAACUCAAGUCUCCGCCGCCGCAAGCCUUGAGGAGAUGUUCAAGGCGAUUGAGAAUACCCUUCACGAGGGAGGACUAGACCCGCGGGUUGUUCUCCUUCUAGCCCCUCCACUCGCUUCCGAGGUGGUGUACGGCGCCGAAGGCAUUUGGCUUUAUCAAGGGAUAGCGGACUUGUUGGAUGAUUUUCAACCCCCGAUAUCCCGUUUCGAGGAUGCCCCGACCGAAUUUUGGAUGAUGAUGAGACAUUUCCUCAUGCUGUGGCAAGAGAAAAGAGGCUAUGGGAGCAUCACAGAUGACAAGCACGUGUUUGAUUCUGUGGAUGCCGCCCUUCUCCAUGUGCUGCUCUAUCUGGAUCAAGCUCUCCAAGCAGAGAGUCCUGCUCAAAGGUCGGUUCGGACCAAGCUGAACAAUGUCGUUGAUAACUGGAGGGGUGACUUCGACCGUGCCAUUCUACUGUUGGAAAGAUAUGAUAGGUUGUUUGUUCUCAGUCGUCUUUACCAGAGUAGAAAACAGGCUCGAGAUGUGUUGAAAACAUGGAAACGAAUUCUUGUUGGCGAGAAAGAUGUGGAUUACGGCUCCAACACGGAAUAUAUUGAAGGGCAACUAAGGCGCUAUCUCACAGUCAUCCGUGACACCGAUCUCGUUCAGGACUAUACAAUAUGGCUGGCUCAGCGCAAUCCUGGCUUGGCCGUUCAGAUACUUACCGAUGACAGCGCGAGGGUCAAGUUCAGCCCCCAACAAGUCGUGCCGCUUCUAAAGGAACGAGCGCCUGCAGCGGUACAACAAUACCUGGAGCAUCUUGUUUUUGGUAAGCGCCUCGACAAAUAUGCCGACGACCUCAUCGGUUACUACCUCGACUCAGUCCUUACAGUCUUGGAGCGAUCUGAGGAGGCUCGAACAUCACUCGCGGACAGCUAUUCUACCUACCGAGCCCUAGAAUCACCGAAGCCCACCUACCUUGAUUUUAUCAACCAGAAUGCGCCGGCAGAUUCAUGGUGGCAGUCUCGACUACGGCUUCUGCAACUCCUUGGGACCGGCGCCUAUGCAUCGAGUGGGGUGGCAAGCAAAGAACUGACUUAUUCGGUCCCUAUGGUUCUAGAACGCAUGGCGCCGUUCUCCUCCUACCUCGUUUCUGAAUCAAUCAUCCUCGACGCAAGACGAGGUCAUCACAAGGAGGCACUCCGACUCUUGACCCACGGACUUGGCGACUUUGACACUGCAACACGCUACUGCUACUUUGGUGGACCGGCGCCCACAUAUUCUCAUACUGUCGAUGCCAGCGCCUUGCCUUCAAGGGAAGUCCAACAAGAACUCUUUCAGUUUCUCUUUCAUGAGUUCCUCCUGAUUGAAGACGAGGAAGACCGCCUUGAACGCACGAGCCAUCUUCUUGGUAAGUUCGCGACAUAUUUCGAUGCUUUGAACAUCCUUCGGGACAUCCCCGAGGACUGGAGCGUUUCGACGUUGGCGGAGUUUCUGCUCAGGAGCUUCCGUGCCGCCACCACGCAGAGAAAUCAAGCCGUUAUCCUGAAGGCGUUGAGUGCGGCUCAAAACUUGCAAAAGCAAGUCGAGUUCAUAGAGGUCUGUGAAAAGAUUGGUGCCCAGUUUGACCGAGGGCAGGGCAUUGAUGGAGACACGUCGGUAACGGUGGAUGCUGGGGGCUCUUGA